AUGAGGGUGGCAGUGGGCAUGCUCUGGCUCCUGGCCCUCUGGGGGCACCCCCCAGCCCACGGCUCCUGCCCCUCUCAAUGCAGCUGCAGCCUCCACAUCCUGGGUGAUGGCAGCAAGGCCAGGACGGUGGUGUGCAGCGACCCCGACAUGACCCUGCCCCCCGCGUCCGUCCCUCCGGACACCUCCAGACUGCGCCUGGAGCGGACGGCCAUUCGCAAGGUGCCCGGAGAGGCCUUCAGGCCGCUGGGCCGCCUGGAGCAGCUGUGGCUGCCCUACAACGCCCUCAGCGAGCUCAGCGGCCUCAUGCUGAGGGGCCUGCGCCGCCUGCGCGAGCUGCGCCUGCCCGGGAACCGCUUGGCCGCCUUCCCCUGGGCGGCUCUCAGGGACGCCCCCCAGCUGCGGCUGCUGGACCUGCAGGCCAACCGCCUUUCGGCCGUGCCGCCCGAGGCCGCGCGCUUCCUGGGGAACCUCACCUUCCUCGACCUCUCCAGCAACCAGCUGCUGAGGCUCCCGCAGGAGCUGCUGGCCACCUGGGCUCACCUGCAGACCGGGCCCUUCCUUCCCGGCCACCACACCAGGCUGGUGCUAGGGCUGCAGGACAACCCCUGGGUAUGUGACUGCCGCCUCUAUGACCUAGCCCAUUUCCUGGAAGGCUGGGCCCCAAACCUGGCUUUCAUAGAGGCCAGGCUGAAGUGUGCUAGCCCGCGCAGCCUGGCCGGAGUCGCCCUCAGCCAGCUGGAACUGAGGAAGUGCCAGAGUCCGGAGAUCCGUCCAGGGGUAGCCAGCCUCAGGUCCCCUCUGGGCAGUGCAGUAUUGCUACGUUGUGGGGCCACCGGGGUCCCUGGGCCGGAGAUGAGCUGGAGGAGAGCCAACGGGUAUCCGCUCAACGGCACAGUGCACCAGGAAGUUGCCAGCGAUGGCACGAGUUGGACAUUGCUGGGCCUGCCUGCUGUGUCCCACCUUGACUCAGGAGACUACAUCUGCCAGGCCAAGAACUUCCUGGGAGUCUCUGAGACUGUCAUCUCCCUGGCCGUCACUGAGCCCCAGGCUUCCACAGAACACGGUGGGAGCCCAGGGGCACUGUGGGCAAGGACAGGUGAGGGGGCAGAAGCUGCCGCGUACAACAAGAUGGUGGCCAGGCAUGUCCCUGACAUUCCUGGACCUGCUGUCCUGGCCACUGGGCCCCCUGUGUCCAACAUGAAGGAGGAGCUGACCCUCCAGCACUUCCAGAUGGGGAUCCCAGGAGAACGCUCGUACGGGCAGGCGGGACGCCAGGAGACCCAGAUGGUGAGGUCUCUCAAGGUGGUGGGAGACACUUACCAGAGUGUGACCUUGGUGUGGAAGGCCCCCCAGGCUGGGAGCAUAACUACCUUCAGUGUCCUCUAUGCUGUCUUUGGGCAGCGCAGCAUGCGGAGGGUGGUUGUGCCGCCUGGAAAGACCAGCAUCACCAUCCGUGGGCUGGUGCCCAAGACCAAGUACGUGGCGUGUGUCUGUGUGCGGGACCUGGUGCCCCAGAAGGAGCAGUGUGUCAUCUUCUCCACGGACGAGGUGGUAGACGCCGAGGCCACCCAGCGGCUCAUCAAUGUGGUGGUGAUCAGCGUGGCUGUUGUCAUCGCCCUGCCCCUCACCCUGCUUGUCUGCUGCGGUGCUCUGCGAAGGCGCUGCCGGAAGUGCCGUUCUGGGGGCUCCACCGAGGCCUACGUCAACCUGGAGAGGCUGGGUCACAGCGAGGAUGGCUCUGAGGAGCUGUCCCAGCACAGCCUCAGUGAGGCCGACAGGCUCCUCUCGGCCCGUUCCAGCCUGGACUCUCAGGUCUUGGUGGGCAGGGGGGGCAGACGGAUCAAUGAGUACUUCUGCUGA